AUGGUAGUGUUGCCUUUUAAACGCUGUGGCGCGGUUGAGUAAAUUUGUUUUCGCGUUGUGAUUUUAAAAGGGGUGGCAAAAUGUGUUGGUCCCAAAAAUGCUGUUAUGUGAUACCGGCGAACAUUGGAUGUGUGCUGAUGGGGAUUUGCAGUUUUCUAGUAUCCCUCUUCAUGCUAUCAGGUUCCAUCGCUUGCCUCAUCAUCAAGGAUGAAGAGACCAGGCAGCUGUCUACUCCUCAAGUCCAGUACAUGCAGACCUUUGGGCUGCAUCUAUCGAUGACUUCAGUUCGCAUCCUGAUGGUCAUAGCUAUUGUCGUCGCUUUAUUCGGAAUGAUGUUUUCUGUCAUGCUGGUUGUUGGUAUUUUAAAGAACAAACCAAGCUUCGUGCUAUGCUACUUCGCGUUCGGCAUCAUCAUCACGAUCGUGUGUCAGCUGUGCGCUCUGCUGGUGCUGCUGGAGAACUGCUGGAUUCUGGCUCUGAGCCUCUUCAUAGUGUCAUUAUUCCACAUUCACUUCCUGGUGGUCGUGCAUACGGUUUACGAGCUUAUGUUGAGGGGCAAAGACUUCAGAUUCCACCAGCAAGCCGAAGAUGUGGAUCCCCUUGCUGAUUGCUUCGACGAAGAUACUGAGAGACUCUAGAAUAUUCUUUAGUCAUUUAUUUUAAGACUUAUGUUAUAUUUUCUGAGAGAUUGUACAUAACUGGUAAAAUUCUCGAAUCUAGGUAGCCGUCGAUAAGAAUUCAAUAGUGUUUCGUCAAAUUCUAUCUAUAUAUUUUUUUCUGUAUCAAUAUCGGUUACCUAAGUGGAGUUUAGUAUCUCUGCUAGUUAGUACUACUAGUACCUAAUUUACUAAUUUCCUUGCUGAGGGGGGAUGAGAAGUUACUUGUUUUACUCGAGAGCAAAGAUUGUUUUCUAAACUUCCGUCUUUUGUUUUUGUAAAUAAUUUGGCCUGUUUAAUAAGAAGUUUGUGAGUAUCUUUUCAAUAAUUCUUGGAUCUCACUACUAUGGAUACCAUGGCCUAACUAUGACCCUACGUUUGAAAGAAGCUUAUAGCGAAGGUGCCUAUUUCAGCCUAUUUAUAAGUCCAGGUGUUAUAUUGAUCGGAUACCAAAGAGAAUGUAUAACAGGUGAUUACCAACUAACCAACCCGAUAACAUUUAAGAAAUAUGUGCCUAUAGAUAGAGUAAGGAGUAAACGGCAGAUUGUCCUCACUUAAACAGAGUACAAAGUGCCUUAUAUGAGGAUAAGUUAUAUAAUAAGUAAUCACGUAGAUUUUAAUAAUAUCUCGAUAAAGUAAAGUUGAGUCAUUUGUUCAAUGUAAAACCUAAAAAUUGAUGGUAAUGAAACUACGUAUGUCUUGAUAACAGUAUUAUAUAUUUUUUAUUAUAAAUAGACGUAUAGUGACAACUGUAACAAACUUAAUGACUAGCAUUUUAUGAAUAAACAUUUUUGUAAUUAAA